AUGUGUUUUGCAAGAGGAAUUGAGGGCUUUGUUGCUGACCUUGGGGGCGCUGCGAGGGGCGACUUGAAGACAGCCAGAGACGGACACACGAUCUUGAUUCCACAACCUUCCAAUUCGUCUCAAGACACCUUGAACUGGAGCCAAACCAGGAAACACAUCGUUCUGAUCGUCGUUAGUCUUGCUGCUCAGUGGAAGAUAUCUCCGGAUACAGUCAACCAUUCUCAAGUCGGCAAUGUCUUUAUGCUUGGUGCUGGUGGUGUGGUUGCUGUCAUCCUUUCAGCAUGGGCAGGUUGUCUCCCAAUCUUGUUCUACUUCCUGGUUCUCUCGACCGCCACCGCGGCUUGGUGUGCUGCUGCGACUACUUUCGAGUCAUUCAUGGCAGCUCGAAUCCUCAACGGUUUCUUCAGCACCGUGGCUCAAGGGGGUGGCCUGAUGUUCAUCUUCGAUAUGUUCUUCUUCCACGAGAGAGCUCGCAAGAUCAACAUCUGGGCGGCUUCUAUCAUCUUGUCGCCCUACAUGGGACCUAUGCUGACCGCUUUCAUCAUCACAACGCUCAAAUGGCCAAUCGCCUUUUGGGUCUUCUUUGCUAUGAAUGCUCUUGUCCUGAUCUUGACGAUUUUCUUCGUGAAAGAGACGUACUACGACCGCUCUAUCGAUCCUGCCGAUCAACCAAGCAGAGGCAGCCAACUCGAACAACUCAUCGGCAUAUCUCAAUACCAAUCUCGUCACCUUCGCAAUACACUUGGGCAAGCCUGCAUGCGCAUGAUCCGCGUCCUCAUCAAACCUACUGUCCUUCUCUCCAUUAUCUACUAUUGCCUCACAUUCGCCUGGGUAGUCGGCAUCAACACAACCCUCGCGAUAUUCUUGACCCCUCUGUACAACUUUGGGCCAAAACAAAUCGGAUUCUUCUACUUUACACCUAUCGUUGCCGCCAUUCUUGGCGAACUCUGUGGACAUUGGCUUCAUGACGGCGUUGCAAAGCGAUAUAUCAAGAAACACAAUGGUCACUUCGAGCCUGAAGUCAGACUGCGUAUCAUCUGGCUCAGCACGCCGUUCAUGAUCGCUGGACUCGUCGGACUCGGCUUUGCGCUCGAGGAUGCAUAUCAUUACAUGCUGACAUCCCUAUUCUGGGGUCUAUAUGUGUUUGGUAUCAUGAUUACUACGGUCGCCCUCGUCGCAUACAAUCUCGAUAGCUACCCUGAAGCUUCUGGAGAGGUCUCUGCUUUGAUCAACAUGGCUAGGACGACCGGUGGGUUCAUUAUCAGCUAUUUCCAGGUCACCUGGGCACAGUCAAGUGGUACCAAAGUUAGCUUUGGCACUCAAGCCGGAAUUUGUGUCGGAGCCUUUGUGAUUAUCAUCGCUCUACAGCUUUGUGGAAAGAAGUUGAGGGCCAAGAGCGGUGCUUUGAACUUUGCCACAGCCUAG